AUGUCUCCAGCCCUGGAGGCCCCUUCAAAUGGGGAUACCGAGCCGUUCGACAUUGUGGCUACAUACCACAAGCUCCUGCAGACAGACCCCGACCUGACGAUGCCUAUAGCCGCUAUAGAAGCGUUGGUCCUGCUUCUAACCCAUUCGCCUUCCUCUACCAUCUCCGAAACCCUCGAUCUACUAAACAAACACACCGAACACCUCAAACGGUCCAUUCCCAACCCCAUCGGCCUAUCUGCCGGCACAGAUCUCUUCCAGCGGUACCUGAUAUCGACGCUUCAGCGGCCGGGGAAGCUGGGUCCGGCCGGCGACUUUGAUGCCAUCCGAGCUCACCUGCUGUCGAACGGACGGCUGUUCAUACAGCGAGCCAAGGAAAGCAGAGCUAAGAUUGCGGCCUUUGGGAGCGGGUUUGUCAGAGACGGCAGCACCGUGCUGACCAACGGGGGAUCUCGUGCGGUGGGCGCCAUGUUGCAGAAGGCUGCGGGGGAAGGGAGCCAAGGUGCUCCAGCUAUUCGGUUCCGAGUCAUCUACGUGCUCCCGAACGGCCACAGCCACGAGAAGUCACGUAGCGCCGUACCCGAAGGGAUGGAUACGGUCGAGAUACUGCGUUCCAAGGGCGUUCCCGUCGCGACGGUGCCCGAGUCUGCGGUUGCGUACUCGAUGGGGAUGGUAGACACGGUCAUCGUGGGGGCUGAAGGGGUAGUCGAGAACGGGGGUAUAAUAUCCCGUAUGGGAACGUACCAGAUGGGCCUGCUUGCGAAGGCGAUGGGGAAACCAUUCUAUGUUGUUGCCGAGAGCCAUAAGUUUGUGAGACUGUUCCCGCUUGGCCAGUAUGAUUCGCCGGUCGAUCAGCGGGUUAUCGACUUCAAGACGGCCACGGCCACCGAGAAGCAGAGCCCGAAGUCCUCCGACUCGAAAGACGACCAGCGACUGAUUCCCGAUAUCGUGGACUACACACCACCGCACCUAAUAACCGCACUCAUCACGGAGGCGGGCGUGCUCACCCCAAGUGCCGUCAGCGAGGAACUGAUCAAGAUCUGGUUCUGA